AUGCCAGAAAUUAAACUACAAAGCUCAGAUGGAGAAAUUUAUGAAGUUGAUGUAGAAGUAGCAAAAGCCUCUGUCACAAUAAAAACUAUGCUUGAAGGUGAGUUCAAAGGAGAAGCCCUUUUUGUGAUUACACAUAACAUUGUGAAAUGAUGAAUAUAUGAAUUUCAUAUAUUUCGGGAGCAAUGUGGCCCAGGUUCAACUCCCGGCGUCGACGCCAUAUGUGGGUUGAGUUUGUUGUUGGUUCUCUCCCUUGCUCCGAGAGGUUUUUCUCCGGGUACUCCGGUUUUCCCCUCUCCUCAAAAACCAACAUUUCCAAAUUCCAAUUCGACCAUGAAUCAGGUAGACGAAGAACCACUAUGUGGAUGUGCUACCUGCAAAUCGUUAUUUAUUUAAUUUAUUUAUUUUUAUUUAUAUAUUUGAACUGCACGGUGAAGAAAUAAAUGCAGAGAUGAUCAUCACAUCUCUACAUUUACAUAACAUUGUAUUCAGUAUUUAUUACACAUCAUAUCUACAAACAUAUUGGAGAAUUAAUGUUGUCUGUGUUAUCAUAAAUAGGCGUAAGACAUCAGGACAUUAUUUCAUUUUUUUAAAAAUAGAAAUGGCUUUCGCAACUUUAAGGGGAACUUCGCUCUAUAUUAACAACUCAAGUAAGUGCAUGAGCAAAUGACAGUUUGAUGUGCCAGGGUGAAAAUUACUGGCUAUGUACGGUGAAUUAUGAUUGACAGUUGGUGCUUAUUUCAGAGUGGGUUUCAUUCUCCUUUUAGAGAUUGUAAAACCUUGACUGUAGAACAGUCAGGACCAUCUCAAGGUGCUUCUUUUUUGACAGUGUCAAUCAUAGAGAGUGCAUAGGAAAAAGUUGUACAAGGCUAUGUUAGAGGGAAAAAUGAUACCACAGAAAGCUAAUAUUUUGAGAUUAAAAUGCAGGCUGUUUACUCAACCUUAAGGUCUUCAUGGUUUGACCCAUAUUACGAUGCUUUAAUUUAUAGAUCUUGGCAUGGAUGAAGAUGAUGAUGAACCAGUCCCACUUCCCAAUGUCAAUGCAGCCAUUCUUGCCAAGGUAAAUACAGUGCAUCAUAGAUACAGCCUUUUUACAUGGAGCCUUGCAUUUGUUAGUGUUGAAGAGGUUUCAUUUGAAUGGUUACACAGGAUUUCAUCCACAGACCCAAAUUUAGAUUUGCACACUAUUAAAAUAGAUGGUAUCGCAUGAAAGUACUGCUUCAGAGGUUUCAUUUGAAUGGCCAUACCAUAGAACUUCGUUCACAGACUCAAAGGUAGAACUACUUACCAAACAAAUAACACCAUGGUGAAUUACUUAGACUGUGAUUUAAAGAUUUGGGCAAAUUGUCUCCAUAAGAGUUUUAGCAUCAAGGCUUAUAAAAAGUGGACACAGCCUUACUUCCUGUUGACGUGUGUGGCUCAAAAGUGCCUGUACUUAAGCUCCCUAAUUUUCAUCUUGCCCUGUGCUGUUCAAGUAAGGAUAGUCACAGUGGCAGCCCUUGUUAAAAGCUUGCACUGUAAGUAAUCAGUUUUUUUGUUAUUUUGUAGGUGAUCAAGUGGGCUCAGAAACACAAGGAUGACCCACCACCACCAGAUGAUGAUGAAAACAAAGAGAAAAGAACAGAUGACAUCGAUCCUUGGGAUCAAGAAUUCCUCAAAGUCGACCAGGGAACACUUUUUGAGUUAAUUCUUGUGAGUAUUAAUAGAACUGUCAGUGCUAGUCUGAGCUUAACUUUUUGUUAACCUACAGUUUUGAUAUGGUCACUAGAAAUGAAAUAUUGAAAGCCUAAAAAAAAGUAGAUGCAAUUGAAUUUGGAGCCACAUGCAACAUCUCACGGCUUAAUACCUGGACAGAGAGUGUGAAGGAGGUGAAUUAUAAAAAGUAGAGCAUGUCUAAUAUCUCAUUCAAAUGUUUUAUGAUCUCGCUGUAAUUGGAAAAUUAUCAACUGAGCUAUCCUGCCCUUUUAAUUACAGUGUAUGAGUUGCAGUUAAUUCUUUAUCUCAGGUAAUUUUUAUUUUUCCUUUGUUUCAAUUUCAUUAGCAUACAUUACCCUACCCCAAAACAAAAGAAAAACAAAACUUAACUGAGAUGAAAAAUUGACCACAACAUAUGCAUUAACAUAAUAUUUUUUCAGUCGUUUGACCUGUUCUUUCAUUACAGGCUGCAAACUACCUUGAUAUCAAAGGACUUCUAGAUGUGACAUGUAAAACAGUUGCCAACAUGAUCAAAGGUAUUCUUCUAUUUUAUUGCUUUUUGAGUUCAGUCUGUGCCCCCAUUAGUGUGAAAUGUCAGCCGUCUCCACCCUAAGUCAAAAUUAAAAGUGUACUGCAGUAAAACCCACAUAUAAGAACUUACUUUUUUGAAGUAUGGCAAAAUAGGUUCUUGUAUUUUGGAGUACUUAUUAGCAAUUUAGGCUAAGUAGGUUCUUAACUGGGUUCUUAAUUUUUAUGAAGGAGAUAAGAGAUUGUUGAUUAGCAGAAAAAUAAAUAAACUUGGGUUUGGUCAUUAAAAAUACAGUAUUUAUUCAUAAUUGUAUUAUUAUAAUACCCUAACAAAACUUAUUGCCGAGUUUACAUACAGUUUGGUACAGUAUGUUCUUGUUACACUUAAAUUUACAAUCUCAAAAUUACAUUCCUUGGUUAAAUUGUUUAUCAUAAUGACCCACAUAAUUAUAAGAACCUGCUUGAUCUUGCUUGGCUAAACAGGUUCUAGCAUGUUCCAGGCGUUCAGAUGGUGGGGAGCGGGCAAAAAAUUAGGGUGCCAGCAAAAAAUUGACGAGAGAAAAAAUAGGGCGGGACACAGUAUCCCCUCGUUUAUUUCCCCUCAUGUUUCUUUUUGUGCUGGCCGCCUACGAUUUAACUUGCUCCCCACGAUCUAAACGCCUGGAACAGGCUAAACAGGUUCUUUUAUUUUUGUGCAUUAUGGUGGCAAAUUUGUUCCAGGAGGUUCUUAAUUAAUUCACAGGUUCUUAUAUGCAGGUGUUUGCUGUAUUUUAUUACCAAAAUACACCUCAAAGACAUAACCUAAGAUAUUUAAAAUGUAUGUCUUGAAUCCUGAGGAAAUUCUUGUUGAAAGAACAAGAUGCAAUAGGACAAAAAAUUAAUUGAUUGAUUUGAUUUAGUGUAAAUCAUAUUGAGAAUAAGUUUACAUUCAUCUUCUGUACGUCAUAUCUAUAAACACAAGUCAUAUUUAGGUUUCAAAAUUAGUCUUAAAUUUUUUGCCAACAUCCGCCUUAGUUGUAUAUUUACACUCUCAGUGGCCGGUCUAUUUAUUUGAGUACUGCUAUAAGGGUUGUUUUGGUCAAGUAUAAAAGUAAGGGACAACCAAAAAUUUUUUGCCUACUAUCGUCAAAUUUUACAAAAUGACAUCUUACACAUGAAAUUUUCAGAAUUUUACCUGUGUGUUCACAAUUUUUGUGAAAUUUGACAUUAUAUUUUCUCGAGCUCCCAUGAGAAAUAGUCUUUGGUGUUAUUACAGACAACUAAUUAUAUCUAUAGCCCUUGAAAAAUGUAAAAAAGAAUGCGAUAUUGUUUAAAUUAUUCUGGUACAAGGAUUUUGUCCACUGAAAAUUAAAAUUGCUCAAUUUCCUACUGGAUUGCGUUUUAAGCUUUCCCUCCCCCAUCCCCUCCACUCAAUGAUGUGUUGUUGUUCGUGCUACCUGUAAAAAACAACAAACACCCAACUUUGAAUGGAGGGGAGGAGGGAGGGGUGUGGGUUGUUUUGUUAUCUAAAGUUAGCCUAUUGAGUGCUAUGUCUGAACAAUGUAGAUCAGGAAAAAGUUGCAGGAAACAUUUUACCCCAAAAAAAAAAAAAAAAAAGAAAGAAAGAAAGAAAAAAAGAGGAAAGAGAUUCUGCAGUUGGUUGAUUUUCAUGCUCCAAUCCCUUAAAGAAUCUUAAAAAACUGAAAAAUAAAGUUGGGGAUUUGUUCUUCUCAAGUGACUGGCAUUCCUGAAUGUAUGCAAAUAACUAAAUUCAAUUUGAAUUGAAUCCACCACUGUGUAUUGACCAAUAAACAGGUAAAACUCCUGAAGAAAUAAGGAAGACAUUUAAUAUCAAGAAUGACUUUACUCCAGAAGAAGAAGAACAGGUGGGUUAAUUGUUAUUCAUGGUUCAAGUAGCAGGGGUCCCCAGAAAAGCUGAAGAGAGACAAGUUACAUAUAGGGCAGUAGAACAGAUUGAAAGGCACAAAUGGUGCAGCCAAGUGUUCCAUCAGGGAUUUUAAUUUUGGGAACCCUAAAAAAAUUGACUGGCUGAUGCUUUUGGACCUUUACCCAGUGAAGACCUUUGCUUGUUCUAGUCUUGAAAGGGAUCACCUCCUCAGAGUAACUGAACAAUAAAAUCUUUUUUGGGUGUUCACUUACAGGAGGUUUCACUGUAGUUUGAUUCUGAAAUUUUUUUUUCCCUAGCAGCACUAUCACUAAGGACCCCAGGGGCCAGGGGUUUUCCCCAGCUAUUAUGUGAAUGAUCCCUGGUUACUUUCAUGGAAAAAAAAAAGAAAAUAGAACCCAAACAGCUUCCUAGCUGUUUGAUUCCCCUCCUGCUAAUUGCAGUGACAUACUAGGAACUUGAAAUCUUAGUGACUGCCCUGUAACCCCAGCCCUAAUACCAGUAAUUCAUAUAAUCCAAGUUAGGACAAAGGACAUUCUAGUUUAACUUGGGUACAGGUGACAUCUACUUUAGGUAGGGGUGUAUCUUAUGGGCUAAGGUUUCAGUCAUGGAGAGAAAGUUGGUGUUAUGUGGAGAAAUCUUUUCCUGAUGCCAUUUAUCUUUUCUGUAUUUUCCUUGAUAGGUUCGAAAGGAAAAUGAGUGGUGCGAAGAGAAAUAACCAGUGGAACAUGAUGAAGCUUUGUAUUCAAAUGUAAAUGUAAAAGAUGUCCAAACCAACACUUUAGCCUUAUUUUAUAUAAAUUAUGGUUUUUGACUCCUCAUUUAAGAGUACAUCAUUGUGAGUACUAGUUUUGUCAAUUCAUAGUUUGCGGUAUUUAUGCUGUGUU